UAUCUCUCUCCCUUGUUGUUUUCUAUUGAAAGCGUAAAAUCACCCAAAAAAAUGCGCAUAAUAAAACUGGUCAUGACAUGUCUUUGGUUCUUGCUGGUGUCUAGAUUCACAAGCGCAAACGAGGCCAACAUGAAUUGCUUGAGGAGCAUAAAGUCCCAAGUUGAAGAUCCAAACGGAUAUUUAUCGAGUUGGGUAUUUCACAACGUGACUGAAGGUUCUAUCUGCAUGUUCAAUGGUGUGAGUUGCUGGAAUGAUAAAGAGAAUAGGGUUAUGAGCAUUGAGCUUCCUGGUUAUGGUCUCAAAGGAGAAUUCCCUCAUGGGAUUAACCAGUGUUAUGGUUUGACAAAUCUAAAUCUUUCUGGUAACAACUUCAUCGGAGUUUUACCAUCUAAUAUAGCCUCUUUGGUUGCAUUCCUUACAACUCUCGACCUCUCUUACAAUCAAUUCUCCGGUGAAAUCCCAGCCGGUUUAUCAAAUAUUACCUAUCUGAACAUUCUUAUGCUUCAGGGUAACCAGUUCACUGGUCAGCUUCCUCCCGAGCUAGCUUCACUUCAGCGGCUCAGACAGUUCUCUGCGGCAGAUAAUCAACUCAUCGGUCCUGUCCCGAAAUUCGAUGAAGCCAUGGGAAUUGGAGAGGAUAGUUUUGCUAAUAACACUGGUUUGUGUGGUCUGCCUAUGGAUCUUUGCAUUGACCUGGAAGAAGAAAUGAUCCGGUUUGGGAUGAUUGGUGCGGCUUUAUUUGCACCAGUAGGUGCGUUCUUAGGCUGGUUCUUCCUCAAUGACAAGAAGGAGAAACGAGGAGAGUUAAGAAGACGAAGCUGAAUUUUCUAUAUCUUGUACUCUUGUUUGUAUAUGAAGCCAGUUGAGACUGUUCCCUUCCUUGAAGUUUUAUGUUUCAAGAAUGUCGAUGAACUUCAGUCUAUAAGUCUUCAGCAUAUCCUAAUUCUUCUUGGUUCACUUAUGUUUUCAUUACUUGGAAGUUUUGUAAUAGAUCAUUGAUUAUUAUAUGUUGUUCCUGUUGUGGCAUUCUGAUCACAACUUAAAGCAAACCGGAUACAUGAUCAGUUCUGAGCAUCAUUCUUUGUUAAACUGAUUCAUAGAACUACUGAUGUUUCGUUACUUGUCGCUUCUUCUUGGUGCUUUAAGACUUUGCAUAUGGUUUUCUUUUGGUCUGAUGUUU